GCUUGUAACGUGACGGAAAAUGAAUCCGUACGCGUAUCAACAAGCACAAUUACAACAACAGCAGCAGCAACAACAACAGCAGUAUCAAUACCAAGCCCACUACCCGCAACAACAGCCGUAUUACUACAUUCAACAACAACCUUCCACUCAACCGCAAACGGCUUACCAGACUCCUCAGCAGUAUGCUCAAUACGGAACAAUAGGCUAUCAAAAUCACCAAACACCUGCCAAUACAGGACAAUAUUCUUUACAAGGAUAUCCACAAGUCGCUGGAGCACAGUAUGUGGCGACAAGCCUCACAGGACAAACCUUUUACGCGACGGCCGCUCAACCCAGCCAAGCCGUCCACGAACAAGCAGCAGUCCAACCUCAGAACCAACAGGCUGUCAGCGACGAACAACCACCGCCAUUACCGCCGGAGCAAUCGGAUUCUUCUGCUGCUGCUGCCCCUCCUCCCUUACCUCCUGAACCGGCACCCACAUCAACAGCGGUUGAACAACAGAUUUCUGAAUCUCAGAAGCAGUACCAGGAGAAGUAUGCGGCGUGGCAGCAGCAAUAUGCCCAGUGGCAGGCACAGCAUCAAAACCAUCCUGAUCAGAAACAAUAUCAAGAAUGGCAGAAGCAAAUGAGUCAAUGGCAACAACAUAACCAAACCCUGUUACAGAUGAAAGCAGCAGACGGUCAACAUCAGCAGACAACUGAACAGCAUGCUGUGACAGCUACUGUGACUUCCCAGGGUCAAAGACAGGCUAUUAAACAACAACAGCCACAUCAUCCAGGGGAAAGUUUUGUUGCUGCCCAGCAAGGACAACAGCAGUCAUAUGAACAAUAUCAACAACAAUCACAUUACCAACAACAACAACAAUUACCUUACCAACAACAACAGCAACAACAACAACAAUCAUCUUACCAACAACAACAACAACAAUCACCUUACCAACAACAACAACAACAACAACAACAACAACAAUCAUCUUACCAACAACAACAACAACAACAACAAUCAUCUUACCAACAACAACAACAACAACAACUUCUUCAAAACCAGCAGCACCGUCAGCCAUCUCAGUCUCAAUGGUCUCAAAAUACUUCCAUGCAAAAUCAGCAAGGCCUAAAUCAACAGUAUAAUCAGCAACAAAGCCAUAAUUAUCAUAACCAAAACCGACAAUACCAACAGCAACAACACCAACCAUGGAAAUCACAGCAUGAACAACAGCAAAAACCAAACUGGAUGCAACAUCAGAAAGGUGAUGGUGACCAGAACUCUAAGAAUAACAAUCAAGCUUCAUUGCCAACAAACAUUCCUGACUUGAUGCAAAACAAGCCUAUUGGAACUCACAAAGCUACAAUCCAACAAAAUCAGCUUCCAAACUGGAUGGAGUCUGGCAAAACCUCAACAUUGUCAAGCCAACCAGGACAGAACCCUAGGUGGAUGCCACCUGCAAAGGCAGUAUCAAAUCAACAACAGAGAACUGCAGUUAGUGACAGUGGUGCUAAACAACUUCCAAAAUGGUUGCAGGCUAAGCAAGGCUUGUCAAAUCAACAUCAACCAUCUGAAAGGAAUCAACAAGAAGAAAAUAAGAUGCCAAAAUGGUUACAAGAAAAACUUGAAAAAACUGAACAAGAUGUCAAACAAGAAGCUGCAAAGAAAGCUCUUGAGGCUCAAAAGAAACAAGUUCCAAAAUGGCUACAAGAAAAAGUUCCAAAAACUAGUCAAGCUCAAGCUGUCACUUAUGGCCAACAAUCACAAGAAAAGCAAAUUCCAAAGUGGCUUAGUAAAGACAAACCUUCAGUAGAUGGUAGCCAAACAGGAGACCAAGUGAAACAGGGUCACAUACCAAAAUGGCUUCAGUCUAAGACAACAGUUGCUCCAGGUAGUACUGUGACACAAACAUCAUCAGCUGAAACAUCCACAAAAUUGUCAGUAGAGUGGGAUAAAAGUGAAAGAAAUGUAUCUUCUGCUCCGGUUACCUUGAGUCCACUCAAGCUGGAUCCUCUCAAGGAGCUAGAGCUGCUACGACGACAACAAGAACAACUCCAACAGCUUCAGCAGCUUCAGCAGCUUGGGAAACACUUGAAGCAGACUUCCGCAUCAGAUGUUCCUGAGAAAUCAGAAUCAACUGCAAGCAAGUCAUCAAGUGCUGUUAUUAGUACAACUAAGGCUGAGUCUGGGACAGGUGACUCAAGGUCGUUACAGUACAGCCAUGGGACUCAGGGUACGCCAGCUCAAGAGAAAAAUAGCACUGCAGCAGAUCGAAACACAGGUAGUGUGACUUUUGUUUCAGUGGUAACUUUGGAUGUGGCUGAAUAACGUUUUGGAAGUUUUGGUAAACUAAAUGAGAGACUCAAGAAAUGUAAGAAUCAAAAAAGUUUAAAGUUUGUGGCUGGUCUUGGCCCAUAAAUAAGCCCACACAAAAUGACUUGGUCAACUUUCUUCCAUCUUAACUUCACAUUACCUCGGUAAUCCAUUCAAGUUUACACUCUGUUAUUGGGAUUUCUCCUUGUUUGACUGCAUCAGAGAGAUUUUUUUAUGUUGGAUGAAAACAGUGUUCUCCUUUUCAGGCAGUAACUGGUAAAAUUUACUAGCUGUAGCGCCACUUAUUACUGCCUAAAAACGCUUGGAUUUCUAUAAAAUUUACUGGUUAAAAGAAAUAAGUAGUUGAAAAACCUCUGACAUUUUCCUCCGAGUGCACACAGAUAACUAAUUAAAAGUAUUUGUUCUCAGUGAUGUGUGGUCAUAAAACCUGAAGGAGUUUACGGAAAAGUAUUUGUGUAAUUUAGUUUCUUGACAGUAAUACGGUAAAUACAUGAACCUU